GUGAAUAAAAUAUGAGUCGAAAAGCAGAAUGCUGCGACGAUCUGUUCGAACAUUUUGCAAGAAUGACGGCGUCGAAGAGGAAAGACUUUUCUUACGCGAUGACCCCGUUGAAGAUCCUGUCGUGGCCCGUGGGCACUUGGCCUCUUCAGGAUUACAACGCGUAUUCCUUCGCGCGUUUCAUCUUUACAAUCUUUCUCCUCCUCUUGAUGCUGAUCAUCGUGAACUUCGAAAUAUAUUUGGACGGGAGCGACGCCGAGAAGAACUUGGACGCUCUUACCGUGACCACCUGUGGCAUCCUGGCGAUGUCAAAAGUGAUGUAUUUCCGCUUUCGGUCGGACGGUCUUGUUCUGAACUUCACUUCCGCCCAGAAGGAUUACGACGAGCUGAAUAAAGAAGAGAAUCGAAAGAUUGUACGACGACACGCGUAUAUGGGAAGAGUAGCGUGUGCUAGCGUGAUAUUAUUUUCGUAUAUCAGUUCGUUGCUUAUAAUCGCGGUAUCCAUGUUGACCGACGACCAUGAAAACGUGGUUAACGUGACCCUAGAACAUACCUUGGAUUAUCCUAUACCAUCGGAACGCGUUUUAACUUUCUUCCAAUUUCCAGAUUGCUUGACUUUACCGAUUUUUGUGAUAGAAUUUCUCAUGUUGCUGAUCACCUGCACUGGAAACCUUGGUAGCGAUUCGCUGUUCUUCGCUAUUAGUUUCCAUCUGUGCGGUCAAGUGGAGAUACUAAAAACAGACUUUAGUAGAAUGCCUAAUAAAAAUAAGAAUCCCAAGGAGAAUUUUUAUUUGGCAAUUAACAGACACAGUUACCUAUUGGAAUUAGGAGAGAUGUUAAACGACACGAUCGGCUCGAUUUUGAUCGUACAAUUAUUCUCCAGUUCUGUGCUGAUUUGCAUAACCGGAUUUCAGUUUAUUCUUGCUCUGGAUGUCCAGAACAUCGCGGUAUUAGUGAAAUCGUUUGCCAUACUGAGUACAUUUAUGGCGCAAUUGUUUGCGUACAGUUACGUGGGUGAUUACUUAAAACGCCAAAUAGACAGCAUUGGAUAUUCUUUGUACAGCUGCAAUUGGUAUGAUUUUCCGAGAAAUGUAACGAAAGAUAUUAGUUUCGUCAUAAUGAAAGCUCAUCGUUCGUUUCAUCUAAUGGCUGGUAAAUUCUUCAUCGUCAAUAUGGAAACUUAUGCGAGUAUCUUAAAAACCUCCAUGUCCUAUCUAUCAGUUCUACGCGUUACGAUAAACUAUAUUAUUCCUGUUGCACAACUACUGAACCCCGAACUCGCGCACAAUAUUACCGUAAAGAUUUUAAAAUGGGGCCUUUUGCCUGGACAAAAAACAAAGGAUCCAAGCUCUCUUGCUAUCAACGUUUGGGGCCUGGGAUUCAAACAUCCAAUAGGUAUGGCAGCUGGUUUCGACAAGCAAGGAGAAGCUGUGGAGAAUUUGGACAAAAUAGGUUUUAGUUUUGUAGAGAUAGGAUCUGUUACACCAAAGCCUCAGCCUGGUAAUCCUCUACCUAGGAUAUUUAGAUUAGUAGAAGAUAAUGCGGUUGUCAAUAGGUAUGGCUUUAACAGCGAAGGUCAUGACUCUGUGUGGGAACGUCUGAAAAAGCUCAGGACUGAAGAAAACUACAAUGGUAUAAUUGGAAUCAAUUUGGGCAAGAACAAAACUUCUGAAGAUGCUGUACAAGACUACGUAGAUGGCAUCAAGAAGUUCGCAGAUGUGGCAGAUUAUUUUGUAAUCAAUGUAUCUAGUCCUAAUACUCCAGGAUUGAGAUCAUUGCAAAAUAAGAAGGACUUGGAACAUUUACUGACAAAAAUAAAUGAAGUUAGACAAUCUAUACAGAGUACUCAGCCAUUAUUACUGAAACUUGCUCCAGAUUUGUCUGAAUCUGAACGGGAAGAUAUCGCGAAUGUAAUACUAAAGACGAAGUCUAAAGUGGACGGCUUAAUACUAUGCAAUACUACAGUUACGCGAAACAAUUUAGUAAGCCAUCUCAAAAACGAAAGCGGAGGACUCAGUGGAGCUCCUCUUGCCAACAUGUCGACGGCGAUGAUUGCUGAUAUGUAUAAAAGAACGCGAGGCACUAUUCCGAUCAUUGGAGUCGGUGGAAUCUUCAGCGGAGAAGACGCUUAUAAUAAAAUCAAAGCUGGUGCAUCUUUGGUGCAAGUUUACACGUCGUUUACGUAUUUUGGACCACCGAUAAUAGGAAAAAUUAAACGAGAAUUGGAUGACGCGCUGAAACGAGAUGGCCUAACAUCCAUCAAGGAUGCAAUUGGGAAAGAUACUGGAAGCAAUCAAGAAAAGGGAAAUGCGUAUGGCAAUAAUAAUGGAUAUGAAUGUAUACAAUUGAAUUUCGAUCUCUUGAAUUUUCUUGGCAACACGCAGCUGACGAAGAAACGAAAGGGUGCUCGAUGGCAGAAAAAGAGCAAUAAGAUCAACAGACUAUUUCUCGAGCUGUUCGAACAUUUUACAAGAAUGAAGACAACGAAGAACGAGGAUUUUGCUUACGCGAUGGUACCGUUCAAAAUUCUAUCAUGGCCUGUGGGCACUUGGCCGCUCCAGACUUACAACCGGUUCGCCUUUAUACGUUUCAUCGUAACAAUCGGUAUCUUGUUAUUAAUGCAGCUGACACUCAACUCGGAAGUGUGUUUAAACCCGAGCAACGCUGAAACAAAUCUUGAUGCCCUGAUGUUAAUCGUCUGCGGGAAUUUAGCGCUAUCAAAAGUGAUGAGUUUCCGUGUUCAUUCGGCGAAACUGAUUUUCAAUUUCAUGUCGGCUGUGAAGGAUUACGACGAGCUAAACGAGGAAAAGAAACGAAUGAUAAUGCGACGGCACGCUUACAUGGGCAGAGUGACGUUUGUUUGCGUUGUGCUAUUCGGCAAUGUUUGCGCUGCAAUCCUCACCGCUGUGCCUGUAUUGUUAAAAGACAAUCAGGACAUCAAUGUGACUGUUGAAGACGCAUUACAAUUUCCUGUUCCUUCUGAACAAAUUGUAUUGUUGUUGAAAAUACCAGAGAAUCUUUACUUUCUGGUCUUUCUUGUGGAGUACACGAUGUUGCUGUUCACCAUCGCAGGGAACCUUGGUAAUGAUUUAAAUCGUAGAAUGUCGGAAGAAAUUGCCGUAGAGAAAAUAAUCUUGCAAUUGAUUAGCAGCGAUUUAUUGUUUUUUGGGAUCGUCUUUCACCUGUGCGGUCAAACGGAGAUACUUAAAAUGCAGUUUAACAGGUUGGUUAACGAUAAUGGUAAAACUACAGAGAGUUUCCGUUCAUUGAUCGAAAGGCAUGGUUAUCUACUGAAAUUGAGCAAGAUGCUGAACGACACGAUCAGCUCGGUUUUGGUUAUACAAUUGUUAGCCAGCUGUGUGUUGAUUUGUACAUGCGGAUUUCAGUUCAUUAUCGCUUUGAACACCAGGAAUGCCGUGAUGGUGGUGAAAGCUUUCGUCACACUAGCCACUUUGAUGAUCCAAUUGUUCUCGUACAGUUACGUGGGUAAUUACUUGAAGUCGCAAAUGGAUGGCAUCGGGUAUUCCUUGUACAGCUGCAGCUGGUACGGCCUUCCGACAAACAUAGCCAAGAACAUUAUUUUUGUCAUAAAAAAAGCUCAGGUCCCGGUUUACCUAACGGCUGGGAAGUUCUUCGUAAUCAAUUUGGAAACUUACAUGAGCAUUUUAAAGACAUCGAUGUCGUACCUUUCGGUUCUUCGCGUAAUGAUAAACACUUGACUCUUCUGUAUUAACUAUCGUACGUCUAGUUUAGAAGUAACUCGAUUGAAGAAAAUACUUGAUAGAUAAUACAUAAACUUAGGGGUUUAUAUAUAGUUUAAUAAAGCAAGUGUUAUACAGUCA